AUGGGCAUCCCCAUGGACAACAACAUUCAUGCUCCUACUGUCGCCUCCGGACCGACGUCCGGGGGUGCUCCCUAUGAUGCGUCCAAGUUGACCAUGCCUGAGCUGAUGCAAGAGAAGGAGCGGAUCGAGGAGGAGCUGAGCGCGCUGAGCAACGUCCUCAACUCGCACGGGGUCACCAUGCGAUCAACUCUGACGACUUUCGAUGGGUAUCCGCGCGAUGAUAUCGACAUCGCUCAAGUCCGAGCCACGCGUGUACGAAUGAUUCACCUUCAGAAUGACCACAAGGAAGUGAUGAAAUGCUUGGAGAAGGGACUUCACGCACAUUUUGCCCAGCUACAGAAUGCGCAAGACGCGGCGACAACGGAUGGGGGCAGCCCGCCGUCCACCACGCCCGCCCCAGCCACGCAGACCAGCAUUGCAGAUGCGAGCAUGCUAGGGACACCCUUUGCCAAGGUGAACAUCGUGGAACCCAACAGCCCGGCCGACCAGGCUGGUCUGAGAACAGGAGACAUGAUCCGGAGUUUUGGCAGUGCAAACUGGCUGAACCACGAACGGCUCGGGAAGAUUGCCGAGAUUGUUCAGCAGAAUGAAGGGCUGCGACAGCGCAACUUGACCGUUACGGUGGUACGAAAAAACCAGAGUGGAUCAGGGACGACAGAUUUGGAUUUACAGCUGACACCCCGACGUGAUUGGGGCGGUCGUGGUCUGCUCGGAUGUCAUCUUGUUCCGCUGUAG